GGAGCUAGAGCAGGUGCGGGGUCGGGGCCGCUAGCUGCCGUCCGGCUCCGGCUCCGGCUGCGGGCUGCCAGACUGUUGCUCCGCGGGCCGCCCCCUGCGCGCGGGGCUCGGACCCCGGCCCGGGUCUGUCGGGAAGAUGGCGACCCCGGGCAUGAGCUGGCAGCAGCACUAUUACGGCGGCCCGGCGGCCGGAGCGGCCAAACUGGCGCCCUCGGCGCAGCCCGCGGGCCAGUGCCUGGACUACAGUCCCGACCUGCACAUGAAGAUGAGCAAGAAGAUCGCGCAGCUCACCAAGGUAAUAUAUGCUUUGAAUACCAAAAAUGAUGAGCACGAAUCUGCAAUCCAAGCCCUCAAUGAUGCUCAUGAAGAAGAAAUUCAACAAAUUCUUGCAGAAACAAGGGAAAAAAUAUUGCAGUAUAAAAGCACAGUAAUAGAGGAGUCAGACCUUAGGAGAAAGAUUCAAGUUUUAGAAGCAUCAUUAGAAGAGCAUAUAAAAAUGAAAGAGCAGGCUUUGACAGAAUUUGAAGCUUAUAAGCACAGAGUUGAGGACAUGCAACUUUGUGCUGAAGCCCAACAUGUUCAGCGUAUUGUAACCAUGUCUAGAGAGGUUGAAGAGAUUAGGAGGAAAUUUGAGGAGAGAUUAAGGAGUUUUGGACAACUCCAAGUGCAGUUUGAAAAAGAUAAAAGGUUAGCAUUGGAAGAUUUGCGAGCUGCUCACAGAAGAGAAGUCCAAGAGCUAUUGAGGUCACAGCAGGAUCACAGUACCUCUGUUAAUAAAGGGCUGGAGAAGGCAGAGGAACUGCACAGAAUAGAGGUGGAGGACUUAAACAAAACACUUGAAGAGCUAAGGCUUGAACAGAAAAAGCUAAUUGAGGAUUAUGAAGGCAAGUUGAAAAAAGCUCAGUCUUUUUAUGAACAUGAACUUGAUAAUUUGAAAAGGUCACAGCUUUUUACAGCAGAAAACCUGCAAGCUAGCAAAGAAAAGGAAGCUGAUCUUAGAAAGGAAUUUCAGGGGCAAGAAGCAAUUUUACGAAAAACUAUAGGAAAAUUAAAGACUGAAUUACAGAUGGUUCAGGAUGAGGCUGGAAGUCUUCGUGGCACAUGCCAGAAACUUCAGACAGCACUUGUUACUGCAGAAAAUAAUGUUCAGGUUCUUCAAAAACAACUUGAUGAUGCCAGAGAAGGAGAGAUGGCCUUAGUAAGCCAGCACAAGGAAGUGGAGAGUGAGCUAGCAGCAGCCAGAGAACGUUUACAGCAGCAAGCCUCUGAUCUUGUUCUCAAAGCUAGUCAUAUUGGAAUGCUUCAAGCAACUCAAAUGAACCAAGAGGUCACAAUUAAAGAUCUAGAAUCAGAAAAAUUAAGGGUCCAUGAGAAAUUAUCUCAGCUUGAAGAAGAAAGAGCUUUCUUACAAAACAAAUCUCAGAGUCUGAAUGCAGAACAGACUCAGCAGAUUCUGGAACUGGAGAAGAAGGUAAAUGAAGCAAAGAAAACUCAGCAAGAAUUUUAUGAGAUGGAGCUUAAAAAUCUGCAAAAUAAAUUAGAAGGAGAUGUGGCUCAAUUAAAUGAAGCCCAUUCUAAGACUUUGGAAGAAUUAGCUUGGAAGCACCAUAUGGCUAUUGAAGCUGUCCACAGCAGUGCAGCUAGGGAUAAGAAAAAACUGCAAAUGGAAUUGGAGGAACAAUAUGAAAAAGAGAAAUUAAACCUAGAAGAGGACAACAACCAUCUGCAUCAAGAACUAGAAAACCUAAAGGAAGAACUGGAAGGCAAGCUGAAUAUAGCCAAUCAAGAGAUUGGACGUCUCCAAGAUCUUGUAAGAAAAAGUGAGCAAGGUCUUGUGUCUGCCGAAGAACACAUUUCUAUUCUUCAAGACUCCCAGGAAAGGCUGCAGAAUGAGCUUGACUUGACUAAAGACAGGUUGAAGGAAACCAAGGAUGCACUAUUAAAUGUUGAGGAUGAACUGGAACAGGAAAGGCAACAGCAUGAAGAAACGCUUGUUUCCAUGAAAGAAGAGGAGAAGCUCAGAGUGAACAAGAUGGCUCAUGACUUACAAAUGAAGUGGACUGAAAAUCUUAGACAAGAAUGUUCUAAACUUCGCGAAGAGCUAAGGCUUCAACAUGAAGAGGAUAAGAAGUCAUCAAUGUCUCAACUUUUUCAAUUAAAAGAAAGAGAAAAAAAUGCAGCCCGAGAUUCAUGGCAAAAGAGAGUAGAAGAUCUCCUAACCCAGAUUUCCUUGCUGAAGCAGAAUCUGGAACUGCAGGUUUCCCAAUCUCAGACUUCUUUGCAGCAAUUGCAAGCUCAGUUUACACAAGAACAACAACGACUUACACAAGAGCUUGAAGAAUUAGAGGAACAGCAUCAGCAAAGAUAUAACUCUUUAAAAGAAGCACAUGUUCUUGCAUAUCAGGCUAUGGAAGAAGAAAAGGAAAAGGAACAAAGAGCACUAGAAAAUCAUUUACAACAAAAACACUCUGCAGAGCUUCAAUCAUUAAAAGAUGCACACAGAGAAUCCAUGGAAGGCUUCCGUGUAGAAAUGGAGCAGGAGCUUCAAACUCUUCGAUUUGAACUAGAAGAUGAAGGAAAAGCUAUGCUUGCUUCCUUACGUUCAGAACUUAACCAUCAGCAUGCAGCUGCAAUUGAUUUGUUACAUCACAGUCAUCAUCAAGAGUUAGCAGCUGCUAAAAUGGAACUCGAGAGGAGCAUAGACAUCAGUAGAAGACAGAGUAAGGAGCACAUGAAUAGAAUAACAGAGCUUCAGGAGGAAUUAAGGCACAGAGAGCAUCACAUCUCUGAUUUGGAUAAGGAGGUACAGCACCUUCAUGAAAAUAUAAGUGCCUUAACCAAAGAGUUGGAAUACAAGGGGAAAGAAGUUCUCAGAAUACGAAGUGAUUCUAACCAACAAAUAAGGUUGCAUGAACAAGAUUUAAACAAGAGACUUGAGAAAGAACUGGAUGAAUUGACAGCAGAUCACCUCAGACAGAAAAAUCUCAUGCGGGCAGAUUUUAAUAAGACUAACGAGCUACUCAAGGAAAUAAAUGCAGCCUUACAAGUGUCAUUGGAAGAAAUGGAAGAAAAAUAUCUAAUGAGAGAAUCAAAACCAGAAGAUGUACAGAUGAUUACAGAACUAAAAGUCAUGGUUACAGAGAGAGAUCAGGUCAUAAAGAAACUAAUUGAGGAUAAUAAAUUUUAUCAGCUGGAAUUAGUCAAUCGAGAAACUAACUUCAACAAAGUGUUUAAUUCAAGUCCUACAGUUGGUGUUAUUAAUCCUCUGACUAAGCAAAAGAAGAAGAAUGAUAAGUCAACAACAAGCAGGUUUGUGAGUGUUCCCAAUCUAAGUGCUCUGGAAUCUGGUGGAGUGGGCAAUGGACAUCCUAACCGCCUGGAUCCCAUUCCUAAUUCUCCAAUCCACGAUACUGAGUUCAGCAGCAACAAAGCACUUCUACAGCCAGUGCCACCCAAACAGCCCAAGACAUUUUUGAGUCCUUCUCAGAGUGAAGCUUCCCCGGUGGCUUCUCCAGAUCCCCAGCGCCAGGAGUGGUUUGCCCGAUACUUCACGUUCUGAAAGAAUUGUUUUGGCACAGCUCUGUAUGGACUGUUACAAGAGCAUGACCUUAAACAGAUCAUUAUGUGAACAGGUUUUCCUAUGUUGAAACACUGUGAAUGAGAAAGUAUUUGUGUCUCCAGUUUGAAAAUGCACUGUAUUUCAUGUGAUAUUUAUUGGAAUAACUCUAUAAGGUACUAUAUUAUAUAAGUUAUUUUUAUUUAACAUGGAAAAGAAUCUUUAACCUUUGUAAUUACUGCAUAAUAAAUUUUGUUAAAACAA